GGCUUAUCCGAGUAAACACUUCCGGAGUAGAGCGGACUGUAACACAUGCUGCUUUCUCAUGCUGGUAAAGGCACUGCGGACAGUAAGACUUAUCUGGAUCAGAACUGUGACUCUGUGUCCUCAUCCUUCAAGACUGUGGUUUUUCUCUAACUUGUUUAGUAGUCUUCAAAAAUCCCAUCAUAAGCAAAAGAUCUUUCCUGCUUGUAGACAGUUUUCCUCUCGGAGAUUUGUACCAAUGGAGGACAAGGAGGCUUCAACGGCGCUGAUUCAUCCUGGGGAGAAGCGAGCGUGCCCUGAAGAGAAUUCAGAACACACUGCUAAGAAAGCCCGACUUCAGGAUGAAGCCAAUGGCAGCCAUGUCGCCAAACAAACAGAGGAAGACAAAGAAGAGAUGGAGGCAGAGGAGGGUGGGGAAGAGGCAUCUUUGGAGGCUGAAGAUGGAGAAGGAGAGACCUUUGCUGAUAUGAUGAAGCAUGGACUUAGUGAAGUAGAUGUAGGAAUCUAUAAGUUUGUCAGCGAUCAUAAAGGAUUCUCUGGAAUCUUGAAAGAGAGGUACUCUGAUUUUGUGGUGCAUGAGAUUAGCAAGGAGGGGAAGAUCAUGCGGCUAGAUGACCUCUCCAUACCUGUCGAAACAGAGGAAGCAUCUGCAGAGCCUGAGCCAGUAGAGUGUCAGGACCUGACAGAAGAGCAAAAACAGCAGCUUGCUGAUCUGCAACUAUUCAAAAACAAAGAGGGAAAUGUGGCUAUUGAGGUGGAAGGAGAUUCCAAGGAGAGGCGUACUUUGCUUCAUAAAGCAAUCAAAACCCUAUACCCAGGACUAGAGACCAAAACUGAGGAAAGAGAGGGCAAGAGGUUCAUAGUGGCAUAUCACGCAGCUGGGAAAAAAGCACUGGCAGCACCAAGAAAACACUCAUGGCCUAAGAACCGUGGCAGCUUCUGCCAUUUUGUGCUUUACAAGGAGAAUAAAGACACCAUGGAUGCCAUCAAUGUUCUCUCCAAAUUUCUCAGGGUUCGACCCAAUGUCUUCUCCUACAUGGGCACAAAAGACAAGCGAGCCAUAACAGUGCAAGAGAUUGCUGUGUUAAAAAUCACCGCAGAACGAUUGGCUCACCUCAAUAAGUGCCUGAUGAACUUCAAACUGGGAAACUUCAGCUAUAAAAAGCACCCUCUGAAACUGGGGGAGCUGCAGGGGAACCAUUUCACAGUGGUACUCAGGAACAUCUCAGGCUCUGAUGAACAGGUGGAACAGGCCAUGACAUCACUCAGGGACACAGGCUUUAUCAACUACUAUGGCAUGCAGCGCUUUGGCACCACAGCUGUUCCCACACAUCAAGUUGGCAGAGCCAUCCUGCAGAACAACUGGCCUGAAGUGAUGGACCUGAUCCUAAAGCCACGGCCUGGGGCGGAGAAGGGCUAUCUGGUGAAAUGUAGAGAGGAAUGGGCCCAGACACAGGAUCCUGACGCAGCUCUGAAGAAGCUGCCAGUGAAACGCUGUGUAGAGGGACAGCUCCUGAGAGGCCUGUCAAAGUAUGGCAAAAAAAACAUCAUUACAGCUUUCGGAAUGAUCCCUCGCAACAACAGGCUCAUGUACAUCCACAGCUACCAGAGCUUCGUGUGGAACACCAUGGUCAGCAGGAGAGUGGAGGCCUAUGGCCUCAAAGCUGUGGAAGGAGACCUAAUACUCAAAGGAGGCACUGCUCACAUCCUGUCUGCAGAGGAAGCUGAGAAGCACUCCAUUCAUGAUAUUGUGAUGCCACUGCCUGGAUUUGAUGUCAUCUAUCCCACACACAAGGUGGGGAAAGGCUACAGAGACAUGCUGGAAGUCGAUAAUCUGGAUAUAGAUAACAUGAGGCAUAAAGUACGAGAUUAUUCACUGGCUGGAGCUUACCGUCGCAUCCUCAUACGCCCUAAUGAUGUCAGCUGGGAGCUGAUUCAUUAUGAUGACCCCAAAGUGCCUCUGGUCCACACGGAUGUAGAGAAAUUGGAAAACAAACCAGCACCAGUUUUUCUGACAGAGGGUAAAUACAAGGCUCUGAAGAUGGAGUUCUCCCUCCCUCCAUCUACCUACGCCACCAUGGCCAUCAGAGAAGUGCUUAAAAUGGACACCAGCAUCAAGAACCAGACCCAGCUUAACACCGUGUGGCUGAACUGAGGACCACUGUCUGUUUGGAGUUUUACUUUCCUCCCCCCCAAGCUUUUGUUUUUAAUAACUCCAAUCAGAAAUAAGCACAGAGUUGUUCAGUAUUUAAUUUCUUACUUUAUACCAAGCUUAGAAAACAUUGAGUAUAAACUUUAAGUUUAAUUGGAUUUUAUUGCCCUGGACAGUGCGUUUGUAAAAUUGACCCCCCUGUUCUUUUUGCCUGAUAUCAGAUUGCGCUCUAGAUGUACAGAUGGGAUAAAUAAAUACUGUAUUUUUUUUUUAUUUACAGAGUAAAAUUUGUAAAUAUAAUUAAAUUGCCCAGAUGGAAAAAGAAAAUUAAAAUGUUUUAAAUCCCCCUACCUUUGGAAUAACCUCAUAUCACUAAACAUCCCCAUGUUCAGAUCUUCAUUUACUCUGAUAUAACUGUGGCUUAUUUACAUGUUUUACUCACCACAUUAAACCACAGUAAGAGUUAAAAUAAUAUAUAAAGAAAUUGUUUAGUAUGGGGCCCAACAUUACCACUUUUACACUAUAUGGCCAAAAUUAUGUGGACACCUGACCAUCACACCUGUGUGUGUGGGCCUUCCCUAAACUGUUGCCACAAUAUUGAAAGCACACAAUUUUCUAGAAUGUCUAGAGUGCUGUAGCAUUAUGAUUUCCCUUCACCAGAACUAAGAGGCCCAAACCUUUUCCAGCAUGAAAAUGGCCCUUUGCACAAAGCCAGCUCAAUGGUGCGACAUGGUUUGCCAAGGUCGGAGUUGAAGAACCCGAGUGUCCUGCACAGAGCUCUGACCUCAACCUCAUUGAACACCUUUGAGAUGAAUUAAAACGCUGACUGUGCGCCAGGCCUCCUCACUUGCAUCAGUGCCUGACCUCACUAAUGAUCCACGCUACCAAAUCUAAUGAAAAUCCUUCCCAGAAGAGUGGUGGCUAUUAUAACAGUAAAGGGGGCACCAACUCCAUGUUAAAGCCCAUGGGUUUGGAAUGAGCGCAUAUGGGUGUGAUGAUCAUGUGUCCACAUACUUUUGGCCAUAUCGUGUACUUAUGUCCCAUACAAGUGUUUACAGGAAAAAUACAUAUUUUCUCUCAAAUUUGUGGGUACUAAGGCUCAGUUUGAUCCACGUGUGAUCACAAGUGCUGCACAAGCGCUGACCAUCUGUGCAACACUCUGUUCAAGCUGCAUUUAGCUUUCCUGCAGUCUGUAAAUAAUCAGUCUGUUUACAUUUAGUCAUGUAUCACAUCAUAAAAAGUGCCAAUAAUUGUAUUAUGGAAUCUGUCUCAAAGGAAACUAGUCAUGGCUGUAGAGAUUAAGUACAUUGUUGCAUGACAGUUAAGUCAAUAGUAUAAAUUCUACCUAACACAGACGUGUUUGACAGAAUGGAUUGUGCCAGGUUAAAGCAAUAACUCAGGGGAGAGCAGGUGUUACAGUGAUUUUAUUACAGAUCAGGGUGUUCUUGGCAAGAUGUGAAGUGGAGUGCCUAAAACCCCCUUGGCUAUGAUCACAUCGUUGUAACACAACCUUAAGUGUCUUACUGCUUUUAUAAAAUGGCAACAAAAACUGAUGAAAAAUAUAUACAUUUAUUAUGAAUUAUAUUCACAAGAA